AAUCCGGAGCAUGCUGUGGGUGAGGAAGGACGUGGAAGCGGAGCAGGUGCCAAUAGAAUCCCCGGAUCUGACAGCAGCGGUCAUCCGGCUCCCCAAGCAAUGGAUUUUUAUGGCAUCAGUCUAUGUGAAAGGGGGAGAUGCCCAAGCCUUGCGUGACACGUGCAGUAGCCUACGCAAGGCAAUCACCAAGGUAAGGCGAGAUACGGGCGCAGAGGUGGAGGUUGCGAUCGUGGGAGACUUCAACCGACAUGACCAACUUUGGGGAGGAGACGACGUGUCUUUGGAGAGACAGGGCGAAGCGGAUCCACUCAUUGACCUCAUGAAUGAAUUUGCUCUCAGCAGUCUACUGAAACGAGGCACAAAGACAUGGCAGGGUGGAGGACAGGGGGGAGACUACGAGUCAACUAUCGACCUCGUCCUUGCCUCGGAGAAUCUGACGGGUUCCAUGGUCAAGUGCGCAGUACAUGGGACAGAGCACGGCUCCGACCAUCGCGCAAUCAAGACCGUGUUUGACGUUCCGGUUCCGGGUUCCAAACAGCAGGAGCGACUGCUGUUCAAAAAUGCACCAUGGAAGGAUAUUAAUGCAAGAAUUGCAGGAAGCCUGAACAGCACUCCGUCGGACGGUACGGUGUAG